GAGCAAGGGCCUCUGGGGGAUGCACCUGGACGUGCUUCGCGGCACCAGCGACAAGCUCGUGUGCUUGCUGCUUCCCGACGGCAGCAUGGAGAUGUUCGGCGAAGGGAAGACCGUCGCGGAUAUCCUCGCGGCGUAUCCGGGUUACCACGUCGGAAGCCUCACGUCCUCUCGCCCGCGCCUCGCGCCGCAGAAGGCGCUUCAUCCCGGCAGCACGUACUAUCUCACGCCGGAUCUCACGCCAGGUGUAGCGGCCGCUGCCAGCAGAGGAAACGGACCGUUUUCCCCGGGGGUGACCAGAGAAGGGGUAACCCCUCAUCUACGACGCGAAAGCGCGACGUAUUUGCGAACUGCGGAAGAGUUCGGCGACGUCGCGAACGAUGUCGCUUGGUUGCGCGAAGAGCGGCCCCCGGCGCGGCGAGUGUCGCUGGACCCGGGCUCGCUACAGCGGCACGCCCGCGAACUACUGGUGCCCGCCAGAUCCCCUCGGGGGAUCUGUUCACGGGCCGAGAUCCAUUUACAGGCCUCGCGACGACGCACGAGGAAUCGCAAUCGCAGCCAGCGCAAGUGAGCGCGUCGAUGGUGCGGGCAGCGCUGACAGGAUCCCGCAUGCACGCUUGCGAGGAGGAGCAGCCGGGAUCGUACGUUGAGCUUGGGCGAAAUGUUCCGGUCUGUGGUAACAUCGCCUGCCAGGCUCCUGAGUGCAACCCCAACAUGCUGGCAGAUUCGUCUGGUGGUGCUGCGACAUUCCCAGACUUCGCUGGGUGUUACAACAUUGACGAACGCGUAUGCGACACCCGCCGGGUUGUGCGAAAGGUCCCUGCCCUUCAUUCGGAAUUGAACUUUCGCGAGUCAUGUCGCGAAUGGGAACCCAUUCGUCCUGCCACGAGCAACCCACCUGAUCGCUCCCCCGAACCCUACAUCAACGCCACCGCGGCUUACCAUUCCCAACCGUUCCCCCAGCUUCCCGCACCGUAUCAUACUACCGCAUCUCCCGGCUUGAUCUCUUCCCGCCGUAAAAACCUCAACUUUCAUGAGCAACCCAUCAGCCAUAACGGGAUUAUUUCCCGCGUCGUCAAUCUUGCCUCCUGCGAACCCAGCAGUGGUUUCGGCUUCAGUGGCAGCCUGAUCAGCAGCGGGGUCAGUACCAGUGGCGGUGCUGGUAGCUGCGGCGGCAGCAGCCGUUUCAGCGUCCCGUCCGUGCCUUCCUCGAUCGUCUCGCGCUCCCCCUCUGCGUCCUCCUCUGCCUCCUUCUCGGUCUUCUCGUCUUCGUCCACCAUCCAGCUGAGUGGCCAGGAGCCGUAGGGAGUAUUCUCACUCGCCCUCCAUGAUCCUCCCGCUUGCCAGCACUCUUUGUGCUCGUCAGCAGGCAGUCUUGAGCUCCUACGCUCGUUAUCCGCGAUAGUAGCCCGUCGCGACCUGGAGCUAUCCGUCAGUUUUUUUUUCUGGAGCUGGCUCUGCGCUGCGUCCAGUUAAGGCAUCUCCAGACGAUUUUAGGGUACUACAGGUGAACUAGUGUUGCUGUACAUGGUACAUGGAGAGCGCUUUCUCCAUGUUUAGCGUGUUGGCGUAUAGUUGAUUUAUGUUGGAUGUUCCCGGUUGCAUUGAUUUUUAAAGCCAGAGUAAAAAUUUAGGUUGGCG